CGGAGUCAAUCAGCUGGUGCUUGCAGGAGGCCAAUUGGUUCUGUAGAAAGUUACACAGAGCAGCCAAAGAUGCCGAAGUGCUUUAUUAGAACUUCUAGAAAUUACAGCGGAAGAUUAUCGCAAGAAAUAGAUGAUGGGUCGCGAAAUCAGCACCGUACGGUGACUAGGUCUGGCCGGCGGUACAUCAAGCCUGCCCUCCCCCUUAUGGACAGACACAGGCGACUGGGCGCUCCACGUUGUCGGGACCGAUUGGAAGACACAUCGUACAGCCCACGCUCAAUACUGCAAACAUCGCCCAAGUUUAAGUACCGCCAAAAAUGCAACCCUUGGCAUCAGGUGUCAGUAGUCACACGGUUUUAUCUGGGUCGACAGUUUCCUCAGCUGGACGUAACGGGAUUGAAACCCCACGAGAGGCCCGUCUGGCCUCAGGACUUUCCCUGUAGCUGGUCCAGCCCUGACGAAGACGACUACCUUAUGAGAAGUGACCAGGCAUGUUCACCCAGCAGCGACCUAGGGGACACCGAUCAAGACAUCACUACGGACACUGCAACGGAAAUUAAAAAAGCACCUGACAAUCGCCCUCAUUUCUGCUCGCUGCGUCAGGCAUCUGCAAUGUCAGAGCCCAAUGCUUCAGACAUUGAAAAGCUCACAGCUUUACGUCUGAGACCAGAGAAGCCGGUCUCUAGUAACAGCUUUGUGCUCGGUCCUUUUCGUUUGGGAGUUCAGUCGACCAAGGAUCUGAAAUUAGCCCAGAUAAGAAGUCUUACCGGCCUUGAAGGCAGAUUACUGGCCAAAGUGUUUACCAUCAAAUCUCAAACUCAAACUGGUACCGUAAGCCACCAACUCAGUGGACAGAACUCUGGAGUAAUGGGCAUACAACUUCCGGUCUCCGUCAAGAGAGGCCUGACUUCCUCUGGAGCGACACAUUCGUCUUUUACCGCCACCAGGUCUAAAAUGAUAAUUAAGGGAGAAAACUCUGUCUGGACAAAACCCAUAAAAUUCGAGACUGCGUCCCCAACAAACCUCGGUAAAGUGGAUAAAAUCGAGCGCAGGGCAGAAAUUUCUGAUCAAUCAAUACCAAAUCAAAAAUUAACCGCGAGCAAACCUCGCUUAGAAUCGCCUUCGUCUGCAUUCAAGGCCUGCAAUGACGAAUGCGACAGCAAUCAGUCUAUACCUACCAUUAAAAUUAUUUCAAGCGACAAAUUGGGGAUCAAAGAUCGACACUACAAGUGUUCAGACUGUGGUCGAGUUUUUACUGUGCUGACGGCUCUUACAUCACACAUGCGCACGCACACCCGCCAGCGCAACAAAUGUGACGAAUGUGGGAAAGUUUUCACUCGUUCCUGGCUCCUCAAAGGGCACAUGCGCACACACACCGGCGAACGGCCCUUCCUGUGUCCAGAGCCCGGAUGUGACAAAGCCUUUGCAGACAAAUCCAACCUGAGAUCUCAUCUCCUGAUACACACAGUGACAACGAAGAGCUUCGUGUGCCAAAAAUGCGGUAGAGCUUUUGCACAGAAGCGUUAUCUUCACAAGCACAUGCUGGAGGUAUGCCGAAUGGCUCCAGAGGGGGUGUAAUGUAGCGGAUACCGACUCUUUAUGUAGAACAUCAGUCUUGGCUUUGUAUUCACUCUUGCCGGAAAUGACGUCAAGAAAGGCAAGGCUAAUUACCGUCCAGCGCCCUAUACGACUCAUGGCCUGUAUUCACGAGAGACCCUUAAAUACAACAAUUGUUCGAUAUUGGGUUGUGUGCACAUAUGUUUACAUUUUGUAUCGCUCGGAAGGCGUCUCUUCAGCAAUAAUUUGUAGCUUAAAGCAUUCGUGUGAAGCAAAAGGUGACGUCAUUAUUGACAAUAGGGUUCGGUUGAGAGCAAAAUGCGCUCUAUUAACUUAGUUUAAAGUAACCAUGGACAUCAUGACGUCGGCUUUAUUACAAGUGAAAAGUCUUGCUGUUUAACAAUUUUUGCACGCACAAACUGUGAAUCUGUUUUUCUAAAGCACUCUACACUAAAAUUAUUUUCUGUCUUGACGUAAAUAUAAAUGAGUUUGGUGUGUUAAUAGCUUUAUAGCACGGUAAACUUAGGAACAUGACUCCCAUUAAGUAAAAGGGAUAAGAGAAUUUGGCGGAUGUUCGCGGAUUUGUACAGUUUUCCUUCAUUUGCAAGUUUAUUUAAUUUGAUUAUGAAUAGCCAUUCAUAUUAAAACUUAAAAUGCAAAACAUUUGUAAACACAUCAGACCUUUGUAAAUAUUUAUUGUGUACAUUACGAGAGAAUGUUAUUUAUUUAUUUAACUUUCCGCCCAUUAACUUCAUAUUUAUCACAUAUUUAUGACCUGCUAUUUAUUAAUGGAAAUAUUUAUUAUUUAUAGUGCUAAAUUAUGUACAUGUAGUUUGAAACUAUAUAGCCCGAAUAAAUAUAGGAUACUUUUUUGUUCGAAUUAAGCGUCUACGGACUUUUUAAUGUUACGGUUUUGUUUCAGUAAAUCAACUCAGUCUGGAUGUUUUUUCUGAGGUACUUGAAUCCCUGGAUUAUGCCUGCUGUUUACAAAAGGCCGCCAUACAACUGUAAUCAAAUUAUAUAUGUAAAUGGUAAUCAGCGGUGUAUUAUUCUCGGAUGAUAUUUGAUUAGAAUGAUUGUAUAAGGUACACGACACCUGACAAGCGGCAUUUAUGAGGUGCAGGCCAUCGUAUAAAUGAAACAUUCUUAAAUAUGGUGUUAAGCAACAAUCAAGCAACGUAGACAAAAUUAGUUGAUAAUGGUACUGAAUCUACACGAUGUUAUUAUCUCAAUGGGAAUCAGAAUGUACGUGUGUAGCAUGAAGUAGUUUGCAGAAAAGUUAAAAAAAAAAGAAAAUUGAAAUCGAAAGCUAGCAUGUAUGCGUUUUUUCAGCACACCGCAGGGACCUGUCAUAUUUUGAACGGAAAUAAUAAGAUGAUGUCCAAGCGAUGACCUCUGAGCAGCAUUAUGUGCUCAUGAACAUGAAAAUGUUUACAUUUGUCGCUGCAUGUUACAUGUAAUUGUAUAGAGCUAGCCUACAUCAAAUUGAUGGU